AUGGUAGUUACAUGUUCAGAAGUGGAGAGACUGCAGUUAUGGGACAGUUUAUACCUCUUGACUAGUAAUAUGACAUCUCUUUGGCUGGUUGGUGGAGAUUUUAAUGUUAUAAUGAAUGAAGAAGAAAAAAUAGGAGGUUUACCAGUUUUGCCACAAGAAUAUGAGGAUUUUGCUUUUUGUCUAAAUUCCUGUGAGUUGCAUGAGAUGCCUUUCAAAGGGAGUCCUUUUACCUGGUGGAAUGGUAGGGCUGCUAAUGACUUCUUAACUGAUGAUGUAUUUCUGUCAUUUAAGCUCAAGAUGAAGAAACUGAAAACUGCUUUAAGUACGUGGAGUAAGACUACUUUUGGUGACAUUUUUAAACAACUUGUUAUCAGAGAGAAAAUAGUUAAGAUUAAGGAGCAGCUGUUUGAGGCAAAUCCAUCUGAAGAAAAUAGAAUGGUCAUGCAGAGGGCACAAGUAGAACUUAAGUUGUAUCUUCAUUAUGAGGAGGAAUUCUGGAGGCAAAAAGCCAGGAUGGACUGUUUUUCUGAAGGUGAUAAGAAUACUAGAUACUUCCAUAGUCUGAAACAAUUUACUCAUGAAGAGGUUAGUGAAGAUUCUCCAAUUUUUAAUCAUAUUCAAGAUCUGAUCUGA